CCGCCGCCGCUAGCGAUCCCCUCCCUCCUUCCGCCGCUAGCGCAGAGAGACCACAGAGCCACACCCCAUCUGCCUUCCUCCCGGUCCUCCCCCUGUCUCGCGAGACCAGGCAUCGCCGCGAAAGCCGCUCGUCCUCACCAGCAGCGGCUCUGCUCCCGUGCUGCCGAUCUACCACGACCCUGCGACCACCUUCCGACGCCGCGUGCCCCAGCCGCUCCUCCCCCCACAAGCCGCGCCGGGAUUGAGCGCCUCAGGGCUGGCGACGGCGACCCGUGUCCGGAUGAACCACUCGCCGAUCUGAUGCUAGAGUGGUAUCCUGUCUUGCUAUUGGUUUUGCACACAGAUUUAAUUAAUUGUACAUCUCUUGAUGAUUUUGCACACACAUUUCCCAAAAAUAAUUUAAAUUGUUCAGUUUAAAUGUCAAAACCCUGAAUUAGCAAAUUUCUGUAUCAUCUUAAUUAGGCACUCCCUCGGUUCAGGUUGGCAGUUUGGCACGAUGGUUCCUCCGCGUUCAAAGAAGCAAAAAACGGCCGCCGAUGCAGACGCGGACGCCGCCGCUGACUUCGCUUCCGUACCGCGAGACGUCCUCGUCAUGAUCCUGCUCCGCUUCCCAGCGAGCGACGUCCGCCGCUUCCGUCGCGUCUGCAGGGACUGGCGCGAUGCCAUCUCCGAUCCGGUGUUCAUCGCCGAGCACAUGCUCCACGGCCCGCGCGCCCCCACCCACACCGUCGUCUUCUACCCGGGACGAGUCAAAGGCGCUGCUGGCCAAGAGCCGCUCAACGGCGGCGGGUUCCUCUUCGACGAGCAGUGGAGGCUCACGGCCAGGUUCGCUGUCGACGGGUCGGUGGACAUGAUCGGCACGUGCAAGGGCCUGCUCUGCUUCCGCGACAAACUCCAAGGCGAAGGCGUCAUCUGUGUCGUUGAACCCUUCGCCGAACCCUUCGCCGGCAACUCCAUCGUCCUGCCGCUGCCGCCUCGGGGAGACCCAGCGACGUGCAGCGCUCGCGCCUACUGCUUCGGCUUCGACGCUGCUACUACGAGGCGAUUCAAGAUCGUACACGUCGACUUCGACGCCGCUGCCAACACCGUGACCGACAUCCAAGACCAAGAGCUGCAGGUGUUCACGGUCGGAGUGGACACGCACUGGAGGACCGUGUCCAUCCCCUGCGCGGUGCACGGCCUGUCCUACGACUUCCCGGCGUGCGGCGACGGAGCCGUGUACUGGCACAGCAAGGCGGCGGCAGACGGGGCCAUCAUGAACGUGCGCUUCGAUCUGGUCACCGAGAACAUCACAUCGGUCCGGGGCCAGGUCGAUGCCCGGAGGCCGGAGGGGCCAAUAUCUUGUCGCCCCGCGCACUGGUUGCCGCGGCAAUGCGUCAUGGGGAUCAAGUGGUUCGGAGAGUGGGAAGACGGCUGCUGGCCGUGCAAUGUCACCGCCGUGCCGCACGCCGUGUACGGGCCGCGCCUCCCAGGCCCGCACACCCUGCAGCGGGGGCGCCUGCUGCUGCAGGAGGAGGAUGGAGCUCUGCGCGCCCAAGAGAUUAAAGGGAGCAGCAUGACUGAUCUCUACGUGUGGUUCAACUUCGAACCGAAGCAACUGAUUGAGAUAGGCACCAAGGAAGAGGAUCCUGCCGAGAGAAACCAGUUUGUCCCAGUUCGGGGUCAGCACUGGCCGAGCAAGUUUGAGGUCGGACGACUCCCGCACGAACAGUGCGAUCUAAGCACGUUUGCAUAUAUCCCAACGGUGUCACCUACUCCCUUUGAAAUGUACCUAGGCACACCUCUUCAAGAUCUGUGCAAACUCUAAUGCACCAAACUACACGGUCCAACAAAUAUCCCGUGGAUCCAUCCGAUACAACUAUUGUGAGAGGUACUAUCUGGGGUUUUCAUUUCAGAACUAGCGUGUGUAAUUUAGCACUUAGUAAUGAUAUUUUGGGAGUAUGUGAUGGUAAAUAUCACAGAUAUAGAAGUUUGAUUGAUGUAGCCAACACACAGAAUCCUGUGUGCACAUUUUCGAGCAAGAUGCCCCGAUGAUUGAUGCUAAUAUUCGUUUGUGUUUCAAUAAAUUAUUAUCUAGCUGAUAUGCGCAUAUUACUGCAACGAAACGUUUUGUUUAAUAUAAGCUACAUUCUCCAUUCAAUCUUGCGGAUGUGCCAUGUUUUCAGGCAGGAAUGUCGCUUCAGAGAAGCUACUAAAUACAUAGAAUCAUGUUUUCCAUGGAAUAUUUUAGAGGUAUUAGCACCCACGAUAAACUAACUUGCACAAAAGGAGCAAACUAGCAGCGCGGGCUGGGCGACGAAUGGCACGGCGGCUGCUGGGCGA